GUAGACUCAUCCAACACAGAGAUCGAAAACUCAGCAGAGCGCAGAAGUGGAGACAAGUGCAAAUCAACCUGUCGUGCGAAGCGAUGUACUGAACAGGUUCAUGGUUUAUGCCUGGCCUGAAGCGGGGACUCUCAGAUGUAAUCAUCAUAUGUUUCACUUUUUGGCCAAAUAUGAUCCUUUGAAGAAAACAGUCAUCAUGCAGUGGUAGUUAAGCCAACAUCUAUUUAGUCUCAGGAAAACACACUGUUCAUGUUGAAACUUGUGUCAAGUUUGGCUGUCGGCGUCGCGGAUAUUUCUCCACACGCGGUUGAAAUAGCUUAAUCAUUGUCCGGGCCAUGUUAGGUCACUAUGCCUUGCAAAGCAAAGCACAAAGGCAAAACAAGCAGUGGUCUGUGUAAAAUUGGCCUCUGUAUUUGCCUCGUCAAAGACACGUUGUUUUACAAGGCCUCUGUUCAUAUGAAUGAUAAAUAACUACAUCUAUUUAUUUGUCGCCACGUUAGGUUUAUAGGGAUUUAACGACAAUGAAAGAGAUUAUGUGAACUCUGUAUCUUAUGAGUAUCUAGUAAAUGUCGUUAUAAACUUGCAACGACUGGAGCUGCACUGAUCCACUUGACAUCCUAAUGACUUAAUGCAUCUGUAAUCCAAAUCUUGAGAUGUGUAUUCACAUGUGGGGGGAAUAACGCUAAAGUGGGUGAGCAGAACUUUGCUUGUCAGAGGAGACAGCCAUUCGCAUGACUACAGAUUGUGAGUGUUGUAGAAGAUGUCACAAGAUCUUUAAUUUUUAGAAAUGUGGUGGCGUCUAUAUUAGCUGUUCAUUCUUUUUUCAAACUAAGGCUAAUUCCUAUUCUCAGGGGGUCUUAAAGUUCAAGGUUCUGGUGUUAAGAAUAAAAGUGUUUUGAGAAUUAAAAAAUAUCUUGGCCUUAUUAAUCUCAUCUGAAGAGAGCUUCAUCAAACCCUUCCACAAUGACCGAAUCUAGUUCAGAGAAAGUGUUAGGGGAUGCCCUGAGUGUCGGUAAAGAAGACCAGCUGCUGAAGUCCGACGUUUCCAGUGUUGUGGCGGGUCAGAAUCAGAAAGACUUGAAAGUUGGGGACACAGAAGAAGCAAACCAAAGAGGACAGGAUGUGUACCCCCUGGAUGAAGACCCACCUUCAGUGGAAGCCCCACCAACGCACACUGGAGACUUCUUGGAUCUGGACGCAAAACCAACAGAGCCUGCCGCUGCCCCUGCUCCACUGGAGAACGGCCAGCCGGACGACGGCCUGUUGAACGUGACUCCUGAACAGCAGGUGGCCGGAGAGGGUUCAGAGGUCGCCGUGGGCCAGAGCGAUGAACAGAGCCAGUCCGGCGACACUGCCUCCUUCUCUAUACCCAGUCUGGACUUUUCCGAGGGCAACAACGGCGCGUCCGUGGACGAGGCGCCGUCUUCGUCCUACUCGGCCCUGGGAGCAGACGCCGGUUCCCUUAGUGUGGAGGCUGCGUGCCUGGCUGAGGAGGCUUUGCCGCCUGGGCCUUCUGGAGCAGCAGCAGCGGCGGCGGCGGCGACCGCGACCGCGGCUGGUGGGGUUGCCGCAGAGACAGAGGUGCCGGCCAUGCCGGCGUACUACUUUGUGAAGUGGAUCACCUGGAAGGAGAAGAAGACGCCCAUCAUCACGCAGAGCGAGAACGGACCCUGCCCCCUACUGGCCAUCAUGAACAUCCUGUUCCUACGCUGGAAGGCCAAGCUCCCCCCGCAGACUGAAGUCAUCACGACUGAAGACCUCAUGGCUCAUCUGGGAGAAUGUGUGCUUUCAAUUAAACCAAGGGAGACUGCUGAGGGCAUGGAGCUGAACUUCCAACAGAAUAUGAGCGAUGCCAUGGCGGUGUUGCCCAAGUUGUCCACAGGCCUGGACGUGAACGUGCGGUUCACAGGGGUGUGUGACUUUGAGUACACGCCUGAGUGCAUCGUCUUUGACCUGCUGGACAUUCCCCUGUACCACGGCUGGCUGGUUGACCCCCAGAGUCUUGAGAUGGUGUCAGCUGUGGGUAAGCUCAGCUAUAACCAGCUGGUGGAGAAGAUCAUCAACUACAAACACUCCUCCGACAGCAGCCAAGUCAGUGAAGGUUUGGUGGCAGAGCAGUUCCUGGAGUCCACGGCCACCCAGCUGUCCUACCACGGCCUGUGUGAGCUCAACACCACGGCCAAAGAGGGCGAGCUGUCCGUCUUCUUCAGGAACAACCACUUCAGCACAAUGAUCAAGCACAAGGGGCAUCUGUACCUGUUGGUGACGGACCAGGGCUUCCUGCAGGAGGAGAGCCUUGUGUGGGAGAGCCUACACAACGUGGAGGGCGACGGGAACUUCUGCGACUCGGACUUCCGCCUGUGCCACCCUCCGCAGCGUGGCGCGGCUUCACCCACUGCUGCCGCCCCCACCCCUCAGCAGCAACAGCAGCAGAUCGAUCAGGACUACCUGGUGGCCAUGUCGUUGCAGCAGCAGCAGGGUGCAGCCCCGGGGCCGCUGAGUGACCUGGAGUUGGCCAGGCAGCUCCAGCAGGAGGAGUAUCAGCAGCAGCAGCAGCAGCAACAGCAGCAGCAGCAGCAGCAGCAGAUGUCCACAGCGUCCUCCGCACAACAGGGGAGAGGCCAAGCCCCAGCCCAGCAAACACGUCGGCGGGACAAGAAAGACGACUCAGACUGUACCUUAUUAUAGGGACCUUGUUGCCAUUCACGACACCUCACCUGUGCCCUCCAAAUGCUUGUCUGCUUUUGUGGGCAAAGCCAAGGACUUUGCAAGUGCACACUCUCAAACACUUGUAUACAUACAUACAUACAUACAUACAUACAUACGUACAUACGUACAUACGCAUACACAUACACACACACACACACACUUGUGUGCAAACACACAACACUCAUGCAUACUCAUAUUCGUAUACUCAGGAGAACCCAUCUCCUCUGAGCGGUCAUCUUAAUGCCAAACCCAGCACCAUCCUACCAGCUAUGCCAUAAUCCUUAUCCACAAUGCCAACACUCAGCACCCUCUGCUCACAUCCUUGCCAUCUCACUCCACACCACCAGGGCGCAGCAGUGAGCGCCCCCUCAAACUGAAACAUUGUAACAUGGGAAUAAAAAAAAAGGAAGUGAAGUAGCACCUCUUAAAAUGUGAGGCUUUUUCAGCAAAGUGACUAACUGCCAUAAGCUGCUGCUAUUGAGUCGUUACACUGCCUGCAUCUCUCACCCUGGCCUCAGUGGAGCACUCAGUUGUCCAUUUAAACCCUCUUGAUAGAGUGGUCCAUCUAGAAUGGAGUGGCCUGUCUAAUUUAGUGGUGGUCAUGGAAACGAUCAGCAGUGUAGCAAGCCUGUGCCUGAAGAGAAGCUGUAGUAAAUACGAGGCGAACCUCUGAACAUAAUCUGUUAUGUUUUUGGCUGGAGGUAAUACAUGGCAAAAGUAACAAAAUGGUAUAUUUUGUACUGGUUCACCUCAAGUAAUAACAUAGGAGAGAUAAAAAUGAAUGCUUUGUUUAAAAGAUUGAGUAGAGAUCCUAAAAUGUAAUUCUCUCAACGAAGACGACAAACCACAUCCCCGAAAUGGUCACUAGCGUCACCCUCUCCAUGAUCAGUUUUUCCCAUAAUCCAUCUGUGGUCCCCAAUACUAGGAAAUCUCUAUUUUUAGUAUUUAGGGACAUUGCCAUGGUCAGUGCUGAAGUGAGUAAAGGUAUGGCGGCCUGUGUUAAAAAGAGCUCGUCCAGUCCCCUGGAAGAAGGUGUGGACCAUUUAGGCUUCCAUAUUUGAAGGUCCAACGACUGCAGCUGGGGCCUGGUUCUCUUUUAUGUGCACUCUUGGCGUGCUACUCGCUUCUCUUGUGGAAAAAAAAAAAAAUUGUCAACCAAAUGGAUGUCAAAACACCGGUGUGGUUAUGUCUUUUCAAUUUCAUUUUUCUUUGCUUUCGUUUUUAUUUAAAUUUCGAUUUUUGUUCUUUCUGGUGUUUCAACAGCAUAUGUAGUGAAGAAUGUUGGUAUACAGAAUACAAUUAUGUAUU